UUCACAUAUAUAUCCAGAAGUCAUUUCAGUCGGUAUCAUAGUUGCACUUUACUUCCAUACAGAAUGAACAUACUAGCUCUGGUGUUGGUGGUGCUACCACUGGCCGCGUGUCAACUCAUCGGCGGCCCCAUGACUGUCGACGUGAACAGAGACGACAUUCAGCAGAUGGCAAGCUUCGCACUUACCCAGCUCAACACACUCCUUGGAUCACAGAACACUCUGGUGUCUGUUGUGCAAGCUAAAACUCAAGUUGUCGCAGGCAUCAACUACUUUCUGUCUCUCGAGAUAAAGAACGGACAGGAGACCCAGACCUGCACUGUCACCGUCUGGUCCCGUGUCUGGCUCAACGACACACAAGUUACCCAGCAUGCAUGUACUUCACGCACCAAGCGGGACGGACUCUUUGGUGCUCCGACCUCUGUCAACGGCACCGGUCCAAUCAUCUUGAAAAUGGCCACCUAUGCGGUGACUACGCUGAACAGGCUACAGGGGACUGUCAACAGUCUGGACCAAGUCAUCUCAGCCAAGAUCCAGGUGGUUGCUGGCACGAACUACUACUUUCUGAAGAUCCGCAUGAGUGAUGGGAGCCAGACUCAGAUCUGUGAUGUGACCAUCUGGGACCAGCCAUCGUCAUACAUGACCCAGCUGACCCACCAUAGUUGUGUUAACGCCAAAAGACGGGACAUCGGGGUGCCCGGCGGUCUGUUCAACGCGGACGUCAACAGUACUGACGUAAAGAACAUGGCCAACUUUGCCCUGGGCGAGCUCAACAGACUGCAGGGUUCCCAGAACAGCAUAGUAGAAAUCAUCUCAGCCAAAACUCAGGUGGUUGCUGGCAUGAACUACUUCCUGAAGAUCCGCGUGAGUGAUGGAAGCCAGACUCAGAUCUGUGAUGUGACCAUCUGGGACCAGCCUUGGACACAGAUGACCCAGAUGACCCACCAUAGUUGUGUUAACGCCAAAAGGCGGGACAUCGGGGUGCCCGGCGGUCUGUUCAACGCGGACGUCAACAGUACUGACGUAAAGAACAUGACCAACUUUGCCCUGGGCGAGCUCAACAGACUGCAGAGUGCACAGAACAACAUAGUAGAAAUCAUCUCAGCCAAAACUCAGGUGGUUGCCGGCAUCAACUACUUCCUGAAGAUCCGCGUGAGUGAUGGAAGCCAGACUCAGAUCUGUGAUGUGACCAUCUGGGACCAGCCUUGGACCCAGAUGACCCAGAUGACCCACCAUAGUUGUGUUGACGCCAAAAGGCGGGACAUCGGGAUGCCCGGCGGUCUGUUCAAGGCGGACGUCAACAGUCCUGACGUAAAGAGCAUGACCAACUUUGCCCUGGGCGAGCUCAACAGACUGCAGGGUUCCCAGAACAGCAUAGUAGAAAUCAUCUCAGCCAAAACUCAGGUGGUUGCCGGCAUCAACUACUUCCUGAAGAUCCGCGUGAGUGAUGGAAGCCAGACUCAGAUCUGUGAUGUGACCAUCUGGGACCAGCCUUGGACACAGAUGACCCAGAUGACCCACCAUAGUUGUGUUAACGCCAAAAGGCGGGACAUCGGGGUGCCCGGCGGUCUGUUCAACGCGGACGUCAACAGUACUGACGUAAAGAACAUGACCAACUUUGCCCUGGGCGAGCUCAACAGACUGCAGAGUGCACAGAACAACAUAGUAGAAAUCAUCUCAGCCAAAACUCAGGUGGUUGCCGGCAUCAACUACUUCCUGAAGAUCCGCGUGAGUGAUGGAAGCCAGACUCAGAUCUGUGAUGUGACCAUCUGGGACCAGCCUUGGACACAGAUGACCCAGAUGACCCACCAUAGUUGUGUUAACGCCAAAAGGCGGGACAUCGGGGUGCCCGGCGGUCUGUUCAACGCGGACGUCAACAGUACUGACGUAAAGAACAUGGCCAACUUUGCCCUGGGCGAGCUCAACAGACUGCAGAGUGCACAGAACAGCAUAGUAGAAGUCAUCUCAGCCAAAACUCAGGUUGUUGCUGGAAUGAACUAUAUCCUGACCAUACGUCUGAAGGAUGGGGACAAGACCCAGAUCUGCUAUGUGAAGAUCUGGUCCCAGCCCUGGCUCCACAGGAAGGAAAUGACGGAGCACAGCUGUAGCCAGGUGACCAAGCGUGCUGGGGAUCUUCUCGGAGGCGUCCACCCUGUGAACAUCAACAGUGGAGAUAUCAAGCAAGUGGCAAAGUUCGCGGUCACGGAGAUCAACGGAAUUCAAGGGGCACAGAACUCUCUGGUCAAAAUUGUCAAAGCCGGAUACCAAACUGUCGGUGGUUUUACCUACAUCCUUACCCUCCGCCUUCAGAAUGGAAAUAAGACCCAGCUGUGUGAAGUGAGGGUAUGGUCCCCAGCCUGGACAAGUGCAAGGAGGUUGACAGACCACCACUGCACCGAACAAAUCAAACGUCAACUUGGAGCUUUUACUGACGCCGACGUCAAGGACCAAUUCAUCCAGAUGCUGGCACAUUACGCCAUCCAAACAACAAACGCGCUGGACGGUACAAACAAAACAUAUGUUGAACUAAUUUCUGCUAAAACCCAGGUUGUUGCCGGGACAAACUACUUCUUCAAGAUCCGCGUUCGCCAAGGAACCCACACUCAGCUGUGUGACAUCACUCUUUGGCGGCAAGUAUGGAUGAACUCCAUGGGUCACGUGACAGAACACAAUUGCGCCACGGUGAGCAGAAGAAGCCUCGGAGGUGUGGAUCCCACUCAGCUCUCGGCGCCAUUGCAACAAGCUGUGUCGUUCGCAGAAGAUGCUUUGAACGGGAAGAUGAACAACAUGUUCCGGUUUGUGGUGGAGAAAGUGGAAAAUAUCUCACAAAAGGCAGCGGUGGCUACAACCUACUCACUUGACCUUCACCUUGUAUCAUCCACUUGCCGGAACAACGGCAACUCCUACGGCAAAGGAAUCACCGACUGCACCCCCAACUACGGAAUGUUGCAGCGCAUGACGUGCCAGGUGACGGUUGUGUACCGGCCGUCGAGCAGUCGCAAAUAUAGCCUGGCCUCCGACAACUGUGGACAGAUGCAACACGUCUAGGCUUGAGUCCAAAGUGGUAAACCAGUCGACCAAAUAUAGUUGUUAUCGGUGUCUCUCCAACCAUCUUGUUUUAAACUGUUUUCAUGCCAUAACAUGGUGUUGUUAUUUUUUUUAAUAGUUCAUGUACAUAAUUUAUUUAGACCAUAAACAAUUAACAAUUUUGUAAUAAACAUAUUUUUCUGUGUGAAA